AUAAACUAUAUCUUCUCAUUUUAACUAAAAUUUAAAACUAAUGUUCAUCACAGAUAAGUGUACAAUUGAGAUGUGUAUCCAGUGUAUGUAAAGUUGACCUCUGAUAGGUUAUAAAAUAGGAAACAGACUCAUAGUUAAAAUUGAAAGUAAAUAAGAUAUAAAAUAUGAGUGCUGAUUGGAGAAAUGAGCAAGCAAUUCUGCGAGACUUGGCCAUCGCACAGGGUAUGGUUCCUGUUGAAUCCGUGGAGACUGUCGAAUGCAAUGAAAAACCACCGUCAUUGCACAUUGAAGAAGAAACAGAGGAGCAUUUCAUAGGGCAGUAUGUAGCAGAUGGAAGUUCUGCUGUAGCACCAGACUUUGGACAAAUCCAGGACAUGUUAGACUUGGUCCGAGAUGUCAGCUUAAAUGACAUUGAAAAUUAUGAUGAUAAUGCUGAUAAAAGUAAAAAAGUAUCGGAAGCCACAGAAAACAAAUCUCCAAGAAAACCAGAAAAGGUAGAUGUAAAGAGAAACAAAAACGUUGCAAUGGAGUCAAUUUUAAAACAACAAGAAGUACAUGUGAGAAAGAAAAUCCAACCUGUUCUCAUCCAACCAGAAAGUAUGUUCAAACCUAAAAGUAAGACAAGUGUAGCUAGCACGAGUAAAGAAAGUGUAGGGAAUAAUGUAAGUAACAAAAGUGGAGGUAAUGCAAGGAAGCCAGAAAGUGUAAGCAAAGCUAGUGAGCCCGGCGUUUUUGUGCCGUCAAGUCAAGCGCAGGAGUAUUAUAAGAAGUUGAUGGAGGCAAAGCGACAGCAAGAGUUGAGAGAGGAGACCAUUUGGACAAGAGCCGAGCGGCAGAUGAGAGAAAUUGAAGAGAGGAGGAGGAGCAAGGUUGCCAACUAAAUGAAGAGGCUAAUUAAUGUGAUAACUAGAGACCGGAUUAUAUGCAUUUGCAUAUUUGCAUAUGCAUUUGCAUAUUUUAGCCAUUCUCAGGGGUAAUUGCAUAUUUUACCUAAGGUCUAGUUAUGAUGCUUAGUAUCGGUACAUUUACAACAUUUUUCACUAACCCUGCGUUCCAAAAUGCGACCAAAUUUAAUAACAAUAACAUUUACAAAACAUAAGGGCUAUUGAGUAAUAGUUGUGACUUUUUACUCCAUUCGAAUGCAGUCAGUAGUUGUGCGCGUUUUUUGUUUUGACAGUUACGAUAUUAAAAUGAAAGA